UUUUUUUUCCUUCUUUUCUAUUUUAUAAACAUGUCACUUCAUUCUUCGCCUCCUCCUAUUACUGAUAGUCUUACUGAUGGUAUUGGAUUGACCCCCAUGGUCCGCAUUGGUACACAUAGCAAUGUGGAAGUUUUAGCCAAAUUGGAAUAUAGUAAUCCAACUGGAAGUGUUAAGGAUCGUGUUGCAAAGCAUCUUUUAGAAGAAUAUGAACGUCGUACUCAUGUUGAAGGUUCUAGUACUCGGGUCAAGAUCUUGAUUAUCCCUACAACUGGCAAUCUCGGGAUUUCCCUUGCAACAUUUGCAGCUCGUCACCGGUAUCAUCGUGUUAUUUGUAUUGUACCAGAAAGAACUUCCAAUGAUCGCAUUGCAUUACUGAAAGCCCUUGGGGUUGAAAUCAUUCGGUCUCCCAAUGAAGCCCAUCCUGAAGCUCCAGAAAGUGCAACCUCUGUAGCAGCUCGUCUUGCUGACCAACUAUCUGCCUCCUCUACUAAUGUGGCUAUUUUGGACGAAACAACGUUUAUUCAGGGUGCAUUUGAUGAUUUGGCUGAAGAACUGAUUCAACAGACACAUGGACAAUUAGAUUACUUAUUUGUUGGUGUGGAAUCCGGUGCUACCAUUUCUGGUCUUUCUCAUUAUCUUAAAAACAAGUUGCCCAACUUGAAGGUUAUUGGUGUUGAACCAAUUGAUUCCAUUUUAGGUGAUGACUCUCCUGUACAUACUACUAGUAAUAGUCGCAUUGAUUGGCGUAUAGAAGAUUUAGGAAAUCAUGUGGUACCCUCAUCUUUAGAUAAGAAAGCGGUGGAUGCAUGGGUGAAAGUAUCGGACAAGGAAGCUUAUUCAACAGCAAGACGAUUAAUUCGGGAUCAAGGGAUUCUAUGUGGACCAUCAUCUGGUGCGGUGACGGCAGCAGCUAUUCAAUAUGCCAAACAACAACCUUCUGAAAACCAUUCCACUCAUGAAUAUAGAUCCGUUGUGAUUCUGAACGACAGUGCUCAAAAUUAUACUUCAACUUUACUCAAUGAUGAAUGGAUUUUCGAAAAUGAUUUGGCAGAUGAAGUGAUGAUCAAGGAAUUGGAAUAUCUUUCUUAUGAUCGGUACCGAGCAGCAAGUGUGGAAGAUCUUCAACUACCAGCAGCAAUGACCAUUACACCAUCUACAACCAUUUCACGAGCUUUAGAUUUGAUGUACGAAAGAGAAUAUUCGCAAUUACCUGUUGUACAUGCCAACAAUAAGAAAUUGGUGGGAUAUGUAUCAUUAGCAUCGUUGGAAGCUCGAUUGAAUCAAGGGACAAGUCAUCCUAAUGAUCAAGUAGAUUCCUGUAUGUUCUCAUUCAAAAAUGCAAAAUCAUCUGGUGUCGCUUAUCAAUUGAUCACUCCCGAUACAAGUUUGGCAGAUUUAGCCAAAUUCUUUGAAAAGAACUCAUUUGCAGUGGUAACAGAUGUGAAUCGAAAAUGGUGUCUUGGAGUGGCUACGAAAUAUGAUUUAAUUAGUUUCCUUCAUCGUCGACAAAUUCUUUAGACUAGUAUCUGUUUAUUUUGAAUCUCUUUUUUUAUUUUGUAUAUGAAUAUGUAUAAUAAAAAAAUAAAAAAAAAAAGAAAACAA